AUGGUGAGAGACAUAUCGGUGAGUCUGUUCUCGGCGUUUGAGACGAUCCACUUGGCUGUGGCGUGCUUCAGCCUCACUCCACGCGCCCCUUCUUCUACCCUCAUCGCCAACUCCUCGUCAUCCUCUUCCCCGGACGUGCGUCAGCAGAAGCUGUCCGUGGCCACACCACGGAGAUUAAUCAAUCGAUGCAUACCGACGCCGAGAGCCGUGCCAAGCGAGUGCCAGUCGCCGAAAAGCCCCACGGAAGCCGCCAGAUGUCAGCGCGGUGCUGAUGACGGCAUUAAUUACUCCCAACUGACAGCUCCGGCAUGUCUACCGUCACAAGGCACGAAACGAAUGAUUGGUCGUCAUUGCCGUGAUCUGUCG